AUGUGUACAAUGGCGGCUAAAUAUUUUUUAUUGUGUGUUCUUAUAUCAAUCAACUAUGAGUUAGAUUUUGUAAAUUUACAUCCUACCAGUAGUACAAAUGGAAAUAUAAUUCAUCAUCGUAAUAAAAGAUGGGCAUACUAUGAAAUACAUAAAUGUGGUCGAAUAAAAGGUUACAGUUGUCUGGAACAUCGUCAUUGUCAUGAACGUUAUCUACGUCGGGAUAUGGUUUGCUUUGAAGUCUAUCCAUGCUUAAGUUCCUGUAUAUUUAUUGCUCAGCUUCAAGACGCUGAGAAGUUGAAUGAACAAAUCAAGAAGUUAUUACUCGACGGUAUUCCAGUCAAUGAUCACAAUGAUCCUAUAAAGUAUGUACGUGAACAAACGGAAAAACUAUCAAAGGAAUUAAAUUUAACUCUUCCACUAUACAAAUCAUCUGAUUUAAAUUUAUCCACCCAGUUACAGGGUACUUCCGUUUCAUGAAAAAAAAGAAUUUUAAAUAAAC